UACAGGUGCGCCCGCGGCGCGGCCCCGCCCCCCGCUUGGCUCCGCCCUCUCGUCUGGGCUCAGGUGCACCAGCCGGAAGUGCGCUCCCCUCCCAGGUGAGUGACUAAACUUUCCGGGUCACGUGAGCGGGCGGAGCUGGAGAAGCCCGAUCGAGCGACCGACGGAGGCACCGAGGGUUCGAGCGAGGGACCCGCAUCGGGAACCUGGGCGAGAUCCAAGACGCCCGGGCCAGGUGCCUGGUCUCAGGUACCCCCGGCCCGAGAUGCGGUAGGGGCGGCGCGCGCGAGAAGCCCGGUCCCCGGUGCCACCUGCCCGUCGCCCGGCCCAUGGCGAGCCCCGGCCUGGGGCUGUUCCUGGCUCUCGGCCUGCCGCUGCUGCCGGCCCGCUGGGGCCGGGCCUGGGGGCAAACACCAACCACCCCUGCAGAUAAGAACAGCACCAUUACGACCCCGGACCCUGGCUCUGGCUCCAAUGGGGCCCUGUCUCAGGGGGCCCUCACUGCUAUCAUCGUGGUCUUCUCCCUCCUGGCUGCCCUACUCCUGGUCGUGGGGCUGUUCCUGCUGGUGCGGAAACUGCGGGAGAAACGGCAGACAGAGGGCACCUACCGGCCCAGCAGCGAGGAGCAGUUCUCCCAUGCAGCCGAGGCCCGGGCUCCCCAGGACUCCAAGGAGACGGUGCGGGGCUGCCUGCCCAUCUAGGUCUCCUUCCUCUAUCCAUCACCCUUCCUCACUGUGUGACCUUUGGGGAAGGCAGAGCUCUCUCUGGGCAAUUAAACCCACUCAGCGCUUAAGAGUAGAAGGGAAGAAGGUGCUUCAAAGACUUUGCCCCUGAGGGCAAGGCUGCUCACUUUAUAUAUAUAU